AUGUCACGACCCUGUUUUGACAAAGACACGAGCCUUUUGGAAGGCCGUAAAGCGCACGAAGAGCAUAUGGACAUCAACCACCAUUUCAUCGGAAAGGUUGAGUCUUCCGCAAAGAUUUCACUCACUAUAUGAAGGAAAAUCUCAGGCUAUGAACGCCGACGAGAACAAAGAUCACCACGGCAAAAUGGACCAUAAAGACGAUCCAGGAGUUGAUGAUAUGGGACUGGAUAAGCCUGAGGAAAUGCACGAACAAUGUCAAAAGGUAUAUUAUUUGAGAAAAUUUUCAAACAUAUUCAGUCCGAUAGAGAUAAUAUGUAGCUAUAAAGUCAUCAAAAUAUUCAUGUUUCUAUAAACGAACCCUUCGGUGGCUGUUAGUGCUUCUUGUUUUAAGCUGCACUUUCUCCAGACUGACUAAACUUCAAGGAUAAAGGAACAAAAUUUAUAUUUCAGAUGCGACACUGA